AUGACAGCUGGUCUUGGUCUGGCCGGGGGAAAUGUUGAGUUAUCUGGUGGCGCCGGAGGUAUCAAUGCUGGCGGUCAAGUCAUAUUGACAGGAGGUGCGAGCACCACUGCAGUUGGCGGUGGAAUAGCGCUCUCCAGUGGCGCCGGCGCAUCUGCUUCAACAAGUGGUGCAAUUGCAUUGAGCACUGUUGGCUCCAGUACUUCUGGAGCAAUUUCACUCAAUACGGGUGCCGGCAGUGCCGGGCCAGGAGGCAGUAUUAGCUUGUCCGUUGGGGCAGGCACCGCGUCCACUGGCGGCAGUGUUUCGAUUCGAGGGGGGACAUCAGUUACUGGUGGGCCAAUUUCGCUUCUCACAGGCUCAUCAACAGCUGGAGGAUCCGGUGGCGUAUCGAUUGGUACCGCUGCGGCUACUGGUGGCAAUUCUGGCAGCAUUUCGUUGCUCUCUGGCGCCUCCACGGCGACUGGUCAAGGUGGCGAUAUCAUUGCAGCAGUUGGAAGCAGUGUGGUUGCGACAGGCGGUGCAGUGGCAUUGACUGCUGGAAGCACAACCGCUUCGUCGUCAACUGGCGGGAGGCUUUCCUUGCUUGGGGGCCAAGGUUCGUCCGGUGGCGGCGUGGUUCUGAACGGCGGCAUUGGACAAACAAACGUCGGUGGCGCCGUCACGUUGUCAUCCGGAUCAAGUCUGACGUCGACUGGGGGUGACAUAAGCCUUGUAAGUGGUUCCGGCGCUGCAAGCGCGUUCAGUGGUAGAAUCACCCUAUCAACCACUUCUGCCAGUACGAGCGGAGCUAUUAUUCUGAGUACUGGCGCAGGUUCCACUGGUGGUGGUGGUGCCAUUGCUAUCUCCGUCGGUACGGGAACAGCCGGAACCGGUGGAUCACUUGCGCUCAAGAGUGGUGACAGCGUUGUUGGUGGUGCCAUCUCCGUCUUGAGUGGAGCAUCGACUGCUGGCGUGUCUGGAGAUGCCACAGUGUCAACUGCUGCAUCUGCUGGGGGAAAUUCCGGCCAGAUCGCGAUCGCAACUGGCGCGUCCACCGGUGGUCGAGGUGGGGAUAUUAGCUUGACCAGUGGAAGCGGUACUGUUGGUGCUGGCGGAGGUCUGUCUCUGACUGCUGGGGUCAGUUCUGCUGCUACGGGUGGUAAAGUUGCUGUGCGUGGAGGCGCUGGUGUUGUCGGCGGUAAUGUUGAAGUGUCAGGUGGAGCUGGCUCUGCCGGUGUUGGCGGGGAUGUCGCUCUCACCAGUGGCCUGGGCGUCGGACCGGCCCUCAGUGGCGAUGUGCGCAUCGCAAGUGCGAACGGUGAUACGACUGGACUCAUUCAACUCGCCACCGGUGCUGGUGCAAACGGUGCGGGUGGCAGUAUUCGCUUAUCCGUUGGUGCUGGAACCGCCGGCAUUGGAGGUGCUAUCAGUUUGACCAGCGGCAAUUCAGCCUCUGGUGGCGAUGUCAGUGUCAUCAGUGGCUCAUCAAUUGGUGGCCAGUCUGGCGGAAUCUCAUUGUCGACGAGCCCAUCCGUGGGCGGUAACUCCGGCACUGUACGCUUGACAACCGGGGCAGCUUCUGGGGGCACAGGUGGUAGUUUGAUUGGCACCUCCGGCAAUGGCGACACUGGACUUGGUGGCGCUGUCACUCUAACGGGUGGUUCGAGCUCUGCAUCGACCGGUGGCAAAAGCUCCAUUGUUGGCGGAAGUGGCACCGUCGGUGGCGAUGUUGCAUUGACUGCAGGGGCAGCUACCGCUGGCAUUGGUGGACAAGUUACGUUAACCAGUGGCGCAUCGAGCAGUCAGAGUGGACUCAUUGCCCUCGUGAGUGCCAGUGCGAGUACUAGUGGAGCCAUAUCCCUUUCGACGGGCGCUGGUACUGGUGGUGCUGGAGGCUCAAUCUUGCUUCAAGUUGGAAGUGCUAGCACUGGCACGGGCGGAGCCGCUACGAUAAUCAGUGGAGCAGGAGUCAACGGUGGACCUGUGAGCUUGACCACUGGAACGUCAUCUGGUGGUGUUUCUGGACCUGUAUCUCUUACGUCUGGGGCAUCCACUGGAGGCAACUCUGGUGCACUGUCGUUCAAUUCUGGAGCCGCCGCGGGGGGUGCGGGUGGUGGUAUCACUGGUCUUGUUGGAUCGGGUGCAACCGGAGUUGGUGGCGCGGUCACGUUUACCGCUGGCAAUAGCGCUGCUUCAACCGGAGGAAAGAGCGCUCUCCUUGGCGGUGGUGGAACUGUUGGGGGAAACGUCGAGCUCACUGGUGGAGCUGGUGCAACGACGCUCGGAGGAAGCAUCACAGCAACAAGUGGUUCUGGCGCUGCAUCAUCGACGAGUGGUGGCAUUUCGUUGAGCACUGCUGGCAGUAGCACUACUGGCUCGAUUUUACUUCGCUCAGGGACUGCUACAACUGGUGCUGGAGGCGGCAUCAGCGUGUCCGUUGGUGGUGGAGUUGCAGGAACUGGUGGUGCUGUCAACGUUGCAAGUGGAAAUGGCGCAGUUGGUGGCUCUGCCGUGUUGUCCAGUGGGGCAUCCACUGCUGGGGUUUCCGGAAGUGUUGCUCUCUCCACGGCCCCCUCUGUUGGUGGUUCGUCUGGGUCUGUUACGCUUACUACUGGUGCCGCAACUGGAGGAACCGGCGGCGCUAUCUCUGGUACAGUUGGGAAUGGUGUGGUUGGCAAUGGAGGAGCGAUUACGUUUACAAGUGGUGCGAGUUCUGUGGCAACUGGAGGCAAGACGUCGUUACUUGGUGGUGCUGGUACCGUCGGAGGAAACGUCGAAGUAACAAGCGGUGCUGGCUCUGCCACUGCCAGUGGUGAUAUUAUACUCGCCACAGGAGCAGCUGCUAGUAACUCAGUCAGUGGAAGCAUUGCACUCAGCACUCCAAGCGCGUCCUCCACCAGUGGCGGCGCCAUCUCUAUCCGCAGUGGUUCCUCGUCGGGGGCUGUUGGCGGAACGAUUACCCUGUCCGUGGGUGGAGGGACUUCGGGUACAGGUGGAGCCGUCCGCUUGACCAGUGGCAACUCUGUGGUUGGUGGUGAUAUCACGGCAACCACUGGAGCAUCUUCGGCUGGAGCUUCCGGCAACGUGGCACUCUCGACGGGAGCUUCGAGUGGAGGCGACUCCGGCAGUGUCGUUAUUACCACUGGCGUUGCUUCUGGUGGCCGUGGAGGUGCCAUCACCGGAACGGUGGGGAAUGGUGCGUCCGGCGUCGGUGGCGCCGUUGCUUUUACGGCUGGCUCUUCGGUGACAGGUGGUGCCAUGACUUUAGCAAGUGGAAGUUCCAGUGCCGGCAGGUCUGGAUCGGUCACGUUGCAAUCCUCUCUAUCCACAGGAGGUAACUCCGGCGCCGUCUCGCUUCUGACUGGUGACGCCACCGGAGGAGCUGGUGGUGAUAUCAUGGCAACUGUUGGUUCGGCUGCGUCAGGAGUUGGCGGCGGCAUAACUUUUACUGCGGGAGUAUCGACGGCUUCAACCGGAGGUAAGUCGUCUCUGCUUGGCGGCAGUGGCACCGUUGGUGGAGACGUCGCGAUUACUGGUGGCCUUGCGACUUCGAGUACCGGUGGAAGCAUCGCCCUUGUGUCUGGAUCUGGUGCAGCUUCAUCCUUCAGCGGUGAUGUCACAUUGAGCACGAAGGAAUCAGCGUCCUCCGGGACAAUGACCCUUGCCACUGGUCCGGGAACUGGUGGUGCUGGUGGAAGUGUGCUGAUCUCAGUUGGUACCGGUUCGACCGGCCAAAGUGGAUCCCUUAGUCUCAACAGUGGUUCUGGACCCUCCGGUGGUAACAUCGUCAUUGCAAGUGGGUCGUCCUCUGCUGGAAGCUCGGGUGCUGUGUCAAUUUCCACAGCUGCAGCAACCGGCGGUGAAUCAGGCUCGCUUAAUCUUGCAACUGGAACAUCGAGCAAUACUGCGGGUGGCAAUAUCAUUGCAACUGUUGGCAACGGAGUGCCGGCGGCCACUACCCCUGGCGGUCGGAUCUCAUUCACUGCUGGAGCUAGCACCGCAUCCACCGGUGGUAAAAUUCAACUGACUGGUGGUGUGGGGACAUCUGGUGGGAACGUCGAGCUUCUUGGCGGCGAUACUCCGGCUGGAACAUUAGGUGGAAACAUUCUCGUGACUGCCGGUGCGGGUGUCACUGGUGCUGGUGGCAAUGUGGCACUAUUGAGUGGUGCCAGCUCAACUUUGGGUCAAUCAGGGUCCAUUUCAUUAUCUACCGCUGGUGCAGUGACCUCUGGGGCGAUCCUAUUGAGUUCUGGAGUGGCUAGCAACGGAGCUGGCGGCACGGUUUCCAUUGGGGUUGGUGCUGGAACACUUGGCAGUGGAGGCAAUCUUCAAUUGUCCUCUGGUAACUCGGUGUCGGGCGGUGCUGUUCAAAUUGGCAGUGGAAGUUCCACUGCUGGAGCCUCUGGAAGUGUUGUGUUGUCGUCAGCGGCUGCAGCUGGAGGGAAUUCUGGUUCAAUCACUAUCGCGUCUGGACCUGCUACAGGCGGUACUGGUGGAGGUCUUGCUGUUACCGUCGGCAAUGGCGACACUGGAAAUGGAGGCUCGAUUGCCUUGACCGCAGGACUGAGCUCAGCCGCAGUUGGGGGCAAAGUUACUUUGAAUGGUGGGGCUGGAGCCACUGGUGGAAACGUUGAAGUCACCAGUGGUACAAGUUCUGCCGGAAGCAGUGGGGAUGUUUUAAUCAAGAGCGGUGCCAGUGCAGCUGCAGCUGUAAGUGGUGGGAUUGCUCUGAGCUCUCAAAACAGCGCUACGUCAGGCGCGAUUUCACUUCGAACUGGAAGUAGUACCGCUUCUGGCGGUGGUGCCAUCACUCUGUCUGUUGGCAGCGGCAGCACUGGUACGGGUGGUGCGGUUCAUGUCAACUCUGGCGUUGGUGUCAACGGUGGGGCGAUUUCGAUUUCAAGUGGUGUGGCCACCGCUGGUGUCUCUGGCGCGGUUUCAAUUGCAUCGAGUGCCGCUACAGGCGGGAACAGCGGAGGUGUGACCCUCGCUUCCGGUACCUCCACCGCUGGUGGUACCGGUGGUGCGAUCACAGCUACCGUUGGAAGUGGAGCUCUUGGAAACGGUGGCGCGUUGUCCCUCACAGCCGGCGCGAGCUCUGUUGCGACGGGAGGCAAGUCAUCACUUACAGGCGGCGCUGGAACUGUCGGUGGAAAUGUCGAAUUGACGUCUGGGCUUGGUUCUUCCAGUAGCGGGGGAAACGUACUCAUCACAAGCGGAGCAGCGGCAGCUUCAUCAACCAGUGGCACAAUUGCACUGGCUACAUCGGGCGGAAGCACAUCGGGUGCGAUUACACUCAGUACGGGUGCUGGAUCAAGUGGCCCAGGUGGGAAUAUUGUACUGUCCGUCGGAAGCGGAAGCACGGGCACUGGUGGCGGCGUCAGCAUCGCAAGUGGCGCCGGUGUCGUUGGUGGAGCCCUGGCAUUGACCAGUGGUGCAUCUACUGCAGGCGUAUCUGGAGCUUUUUCUGUUCAAACGGGGGCCUCAGUUGGUGGUAACUCUGGAACGAUGACGAUUGCUUCAGGAAGUGCCACCGGUGGUACGGGUGGUGAUGUUGCGAUGUCUGUUGGCUCUGGUGUCCAAGGAACUGGUGGCACCCUCACGAUGACGGCAGGUGCGAGUACGGUUGCUGCUGGCGGCACCAGCUCGUUGAUUGGAGGUGGCGGAACUGUCGGAGGCAGCGUUCAAGUCACUGGUGGAGCUGGUUCAAGCGGUGCUGGUGGGUCGAUUCUUCUGAGAAGCGGCGAUGGCAGUGCUGCAAGUGGAGGCGUUACUGUCGCUACCAGCAGCGUUGGUACGUCGACAGGUACGAUUACGCUUUCUACUGGCGCAUCUGCCGGUGCAGUGGGUGGAAUCUCUGUCAUUCCUGGCUCAUCAUCGGGUACCGAUGGAGCCACAGUCACGCUCACCUCUGGCGCUUCCUCUAAGGCUGCUGGUAUUGGCGGCAAAGUUGCUAUAACUGGUGGUGCUGCUGCUGUUGGUGGAAACGUUGAACUUGUUGGUGGGGCUGGCGGCACGACAACAGGCGGUCACGUUAUCAUCAAGAGCGGCUCUGGCGCCUCCACAUCGUUCAGUGGAGGUGUGGUGUUGUCGUCUGCAACGGGUGAUUCUACGAGUGGAGCCAUCACGCUUCAGACUGGUGCAUCAACCUUAGGGGUUGGUGGCAACAUUGUGCUGUCCAGCGGAGGAAGCACGGUCGGCGCUGGCAGUGGAAUCUCCCUUGCUGCUGGCCAGAGCGCAAAUGCUGCUGGCGGAAACAUUGACCUGGUUGCAUCUCAAGGCACCGAAGGUGGCCGGAUUUUGCUGUCCGGGGGUGUUGGAGCUCAAACGAGUGGGGGACGCCUGGUACUUACCAGUGGUGCUGGCAUCGACACGACGAAGCCGAGUGGAAACAUUGACAUUUCCAGCCCUUCCGGUAGUGUCAGUGGUGCAAUUGGUCUCUCCACUGGCGUUGCAACUGCCGGCGCGUCAGGUUCGAUUCGAGCCUCCGUUGGAUCGAGUAGUGCAACCGGUGGCGACGUCUCCAUUUUGAGUGGAAGUGGUGUGACUGGUGGGAACGUUCUCUUGUCGAGUGGUUCAUCAAGCGCCGGUACAUCGGGAAGCCUGACUCUAUCCUCCAAUGUAGCCACCGGUGGCAGCUCUGGGCAAGUGGUGCUUUCGACUGGCGCGAGCACUGGCGGGGCUGGUGGCAACAUAGCUGCCACUGUUGGGAAUGGUGCGACCGGAGCUGGCGGAAAUGUUGUGUUUACUGCUGGGGCCAGUUCAGCGUCAACGGGUGGUAAAUCAUCGCUUGUGGGCGGCGCCGGUACCGCCGGUGGGAAUGUAGAAUUGAUAUCUGGUUCUGGUACAUCGGCGUCUGGCGGCGACAUUGUGUUGCGAAGUGGUGUCGGUGCAGCUGCUUCGGUCAGUGGUGGCAUCUCGUUGAGCACGCAACCAAGCGCUUCGACUGGUGCGAUGAACCUCCGAACUGGAGCUGCGUCAAGUGGUGCAGGCGGAAGUGUUUCAAUUUCUGUUGGCAGUGGAACAACAGGGGCUGGUGGUGCCAUUUCCAUCACCAGUGGGGUCGGAGUUUCCGGCGGCGCGGUGUCCGUUCUCAGUGGGGCAUCUACUGCUGGUACAUCCGGCACGGUGGUAUUGGGUUCUAGUGCAGCCACUGGCGGAGCAUCGGGGGCUGUGUCCAUCUUGACUGGUGCGUCGACAGCAGGUGGAUCAGGUGGCGCCCUGACGGCUACUGUUGGAAAUGGUAUCGUUGGAAAUGGCGGCGUGCUGACGCUCACUGCCGGUGCGAGUUCUGUUGGUACUGGAGGCAUCAGCUCAGUUAACGGUGGAGCUGGAACUGCUGGCGGCGGAGUUCAGUUAAACGGUGGUGUUGGCUCCACAGCUAACGGGGGCAGCAUUGCUUUGACCGGUGGUGCUGGUGCAAGCGGAGUUGGUGGAGGUGUAUCUAUGAUCAGUGGAAGCGGAGGACAAUCUGGCACGCUGUCUCUGAGUACAACAGCAGCCGCUGCAACUGGCGCGAUUGCCAUUACGACUGGACUUGCCAGUGCUGGUGGUGGUGGUGCCAUUCAAGUCGCGGUGGCUGGCGGUAACACUGGAACAGGUGGUAGCGUGAGCCUAUCCAGUGGGAGUUCUGCUGUUGGUGGCGCAUUGACACUCUCCUCGGGUGCUUCAACCGCUGGUACUUCUGGUGCUGUAUCCGUUCAAUCGAGUUCGUCCACUGGUGGAAACUCGGGAGCUGUAACAUUGUCGACGGGGGCGGCAUCGGGAGGCACUGGUGGCUCAAUCAUUGCAUCCGUUGGGUCUGGCGCUACAGGUGCCGGAGGUACGAUUCAACUGGUUGCAGGAUCCAGUUCGGCAUCAACUGGGGGUCUGACCUCCGUCGCUGGUGGUUCUGGCACCGCAGGUGGCGACGUGCGAUUGUUUGGUGGAGCCGGAAGUGCCGUAAACGGAGGAAGCGUGUUGCUGACAUCCGGUGCGGCAACUACGACGACUGCAGUGACUGGUGCAGUCACUGUCAGUACGUUGGCUGGUGGAAACAGCGGGCCCUUAUCGCUCAUCACUGGUGCAUCGAGCUCUGCUGCAGGUGCAAUUUCCGUAUCCGUUGGAGCUUCGACCACAGGAAAUGGCGCCAACGUUCAGCUGACCAGUGGAUCAGGAGCUGCCGGUGGAGCGAUAGCUUUGUCCACUGGCGCGUCAAGUGCAGGAGCUUCCGGUCCAGCCACGGUCACGACUGCAGCGUCCACUGGUGGAAAUUCUGCGAUACUGGCUCACUUCAAUUGUCUACUGGCGCUGCGUCAGCCGGUGCUGGUGGGGCGAUAUCAGUUGGUGUUGGAGCAGGCGCUACUGGAACUGGAGGCAGUCUGUCACUGGCGAGCGGUAACGGCGUAUCUGGCGGUACAGUGA